AUGAAGGUGCACGGCGAGGCAGAGGUGGAGGGAGAAAUACAGGAGCUGAGGACCAUCACUCGGCUCCAGGAGCAAUGUCGGUCACUCCAGAUCCAAGGGAUGAAGGAGAAGGUGGCACAGAACAAGACGACGCUGGCCCUGAUGCGCAACACCAUCCGGGAGAGCACGCAGGACUGGGUUUUCGCCAAGAAGUUCGACGAGCGGGCCAUCGCCAAGGUCUGCAGCAAGGACACGGCCAUGAGGCUGGCGCACCGGAACGACACGGUGGAGGGGGUGCAGGACAAGCUGCGGAAGUACAUCUUCGACCGCGUGAACGCACACAACGUGCUGAUCCACCUGGUGCGGGGGCGCGGGCAGAAGCUGGAGAGCCUGAAGCUGGAGCUGGACCAGCUGCAGAGCCAGUCGGAAGCCAGCAAGGAGGAGCUGCGGCUGCUGCAAGUCAUCCGCCAGCUAGAGAACAACAUCGAAAAGACAGUCAUCAAGAUCGCCACCAGCCACAACAUCCGCGUGCUGUACGUGAACCUGCUGGACUACCUGAAGAGGGUGCUGGCGGUGUACCCCAAGGAGCUGGACAAGCUGCAGAACCUGGUGGUUGACUACUGCACAGAACUGUCAGAUAUGACUGUCAUGUCCCAAGAUGCCAUGAUGAUUACAGAUGAGGUUAAGAGGAACAUGAGACAGAAGGAGGCGACCUUCAUCGAGGAGCGGCGGGCCCGGGAGAACCGGCUCAACCAGCAGAAGAAGCUCAUUGACAAGAUCCACAGCAAGGAGGCCAGCGAGAAGUACCGCCGGGGCAACAGAGAUUUGGACUUCUCCACCAAUCUGAUGAAUGCGGAGACCCAGAAGGUGAAGAAAAAAGAAACGUCAGCAGGGGACAUGGAAUACCAGGCGGAAGUGACGGCCUUGGUAGAGAAGGUCAAGUCCACUGUGCAGUGCUCCCAAAUCUGGGACAUUGCGGGCCGCUUCCUGGCUCAGAAGAACACGGAAGAGAACCUGGAGCUCCAGAUGGACGACUGCGAGGAGCGGCGGGCCCAGCUGGAGGCCCUGAUGAAGAAGCUGGAGCUGGAGCAGGCGCUGCUCAAAUUCCACCAGACACCCAGCUCCGUCAGCUUUAAGUCCAUUGAGAAGAAGAUGAAGAACAUGCUGGAAGAGGAAGAAGCAAGGCUCCAGGUAGCCACCAGAAACCUGACCAAGAGCCAACAGCUGCUGCUGACUAUCCAGACAGGCAUUGACAACCUCUACAUUCGGCUCAUCGGCAUUGCUUUGCCGACUCCCCAGAAAGUAGUGCUCUCGGACGCCCUGGAUGUGUAUGGCAAGCUGGCCUACUGUGAGGGGAAGCUCACGUACCUGGCUGACCACCUGAAAACGAUGACCAUGACGAAUGAGGCCAACAUAAAGGUGAAGGAGGCUCUGGAGUUGUCCACUCUGAAGGAGAAACACAACACCAGGAUCACCUUUGAAGACUCGGAGGAGGAUAUGAUAGAGUCCUUCCAGUUUGACGAGGUGGACGUGAGCUACGUCCCGUCGAGGAUGGAGAUCAAGAAGCAGGGCCAGCAGCUGAUCGAGGGGAAGCUCAAGCUGUCCAAGAAGAAGAAGAAGUAG